AUGGCAGGCGCUCCGGAGGAUUCACCGACUGAUCUCUCUCAGGGAAGAGUCCAAGAAGUCAGGAAACAGUGGGCAGUACAUGAAGAUGGGGCCUUAGCCUAUCAGAUGCAAAAUGAAGAGAUAACACAGCACUAUGGUCUGAAUCGCUUUCAUCGGCGCAUGGUGAGGGAGGACAUUCCGGUAGCUAAAUUUGUGCAGACCGAGGAGGAGCUGCGACAACAGGAGGAGAGGCUGAGAGAACUUGAGGUUCUCAAAAUACAGGCUGAGGAGGAUGCCAAACUGGCGAAAAAAAUUAGCAAACAUACGAAACGGGAGGAUAAGAACCGAAGAGACCACGAAAACAGGCACCGUGGUGUUCAUGGAGUCAGAAACCACACAGAGCCUGAAAUUAGAAACAAUGUAGAUCAUGAAUUUGAAACUAGCACAGAUCAUGGAGUUUUAAACCAUACACAUCCUGGAGUUAUAAACCAUACACAUCCUGGAGUUAUAAACCACACAGAUCUUGAAAGAAACCGCACAGAUCAUGAAAUCAGAAUCCACACAGAUCAUGGAAUGAAAACCUAUAAAGAAUAUGGUAUUGAAAAGCAUGGAGAACAUCAAAUCCAAGAUCAUCAAGUCAGAAACCACAUGAACCAUGAAGCUGGAGUCUGUGAAGAACAAGUUGUCAGAAACGUUGUUGACAGUCAGAUAAAAAAUAGCAGUCAUCGGGAUCUCAGAGAUCCUACAUUUCAUGAUGUCAGGAAUCGCUCAGACCAUGAUUUCAGAAACCAUAUAGAUGAUGGCAGAAACCGAACAGACCAUGAUGUCAGAAACCGAACAGACCAUGAUGUCAGAAACCAGGCAGACCAUAAUUUCAAAAACCGCGCCGACCACAAUGUCAGAAACCGUUCAGAUCAGGAUGUCAAAAACCGGGCCGUCUACGAUGUCAGACACCAGACAGACCACAAUGUCAUAAACCAAACAGAUCACAAUGUCAGAAACCGGACAGACCACGAUGUCAGAAACCGGACAGACCACGAUGUGAGAAACUGUGCAGAUGAUGCCCGAAGCUGGACAGAUCAUGAUGUCAGAAAUAAUACAGAUGAUACCAGAAACCGAACAGACCAUGAAGUCCUUGAUGAUGAGGAGCUGGCUCGACAACUGCAAGAGAAGGAACGGAGGAAGUAUGAGAGGCAUUUGGAGAGAAAGAAAGAGAAGAAAUUGAAGAAGGAGAGACAGAUGCUAGAGGCAGCUCUUGCUAGAGACAUAGAAGAGGCUAGAUUGACCGUCAAUCCAGAGAAUGGCAGUGAUCAUAUUUCAGCCAGCAUGGAGUCACUCAAACUGCAUGGAGUCGGAGUUACCAGGAUCACCCCCGCUGGUCGGAUAGAGGAUAAUGGAGACUUCAGCGAUUUCUACAAACUCCCUGAUGAAAUGGAUGAGAUGACUCGUCUGGAAAUACAAGCAUCCCAGGAUGAAGAAUUGGCCAGGUUGCUUCAAGAACAGGAGCAUAAGAGGACAAAAGCCAAUGUUGAUCCUGACAAGCUUCGCAGGAUUGAGCUCCAGGACGAGCAGCUGGCAAGGAUUAUCCAGGAGGAGGAGCAGCUGCGGCUGAAAAAAGCCAAACAGAAGCACCAGGCAAGGAAGGAGGCCAGAAGACUGAUGUCAGUGGAGUCUAUGCCACUCGGAGCAUCAGCCAACUCUUUGAUUCAGCAGAAGCAGACCCAAGAAUGUCCACCUGAGACCCCCGCUGCAGCUGUGCCAGCGAUCAGCAGUGGUCACCAUCGGUACCGGAGCAACAGCUACACCAAGGCUUGUGACUCUCCACCUUCACCUGCUCAUUCACCAGCCCGCAGGCACAGAGCAUCACCUCUAGUUGGGGAAGAUCACGAACAGGCGAGAAUCCCAUCCCAUGAAAGUGUCACUGCUGCUGUUGGCGCUGAUCACAAGAAUCAGUAUUACAGCAGAAGCCUUCAUGACAAACAGCCAUCUACGUCAUCGUCUACCUCAAGUCCUGGACCUGCUCUUUCUAGUUCCAGGCGAGGAUUGUCAACUUUGGAAACUGCAAGACAGAUCGCCGCUGGAAACCCAGAGGGGAUUUUAGCUAUACAAAACUCACAGAGGAAUACCGGUGAUAGAAGAAGGGGGAUGGAGCAAGACCGUUUUAUGAGAUCACAAGAAAUGUUAGAUAUAGAGCGGAUUCCUGUGCACAUGUCUGCCAGAAGAGGGUCAGAUCCUUACAGGCAAGUCACAGAUGUACGGGGUGAUGCACCAGUGUAUUCACAGCCAUAUAAACCACAUGGUGUUCUUCUGGGCAGCGAGCUUCGACAGAUGCAGGUUGCUGAUGUCCAUGGCUGCCUGACGGAUGAGAGUGGCAGCAGCAGCGGGAGUAUGUCUAGGUUGUCUCGCCUUCACCAGAUUCAUCAGUAUCAUCAGCAGCAACCGCAUGUGGAUUCUUUCAGCAAGGACGAUGUUGGCCCACAACAACACCCUGUCCCAGGUGGUUUGGCUGAGUUUAACAUUGUUGCCGCCCUAGACCCAACUUACCAGCGGAGGCAUCCAGAAGCAUGUUUGUUGCCGGAGACACAGAUACAGUCUCUGGUUCCUUUCUCCCGCUCGCUACCCCAGGCUGACGGAGAGCUGGAGUGGGAUCCAAAUCUGAGAGGAAGCCUAAGAAAAACUAAAGCCCUGGUCCAUGGCUGGCAAGAUCCCCCAUUGGCUGGCUCAUUAGGACAUGAGAAUGCUAUCGCUGGAGAACCGGUCAUGUCGUCAUGGCAACCAGUCCAGGGUCAGCGGAGGAGGGACCCAGCAUCCCGGGGAAAAGCCCAACAGAAAAACUGCAAACAGCAGUAG